CGCGCUCCGGCUGCUGCCGCCGCUGCCCGCGAUGGAGCCGCUGCCCAAGGGGGUCCUGGGGGCUCUGGCCAAGCCGCGGCGCCCGGUGAUCGCCUGCAGCGUCUGCCAGAUCCGCUUCAACUCCGAGAGCCAGGCCGCCGCUCACUACCAGGGCAAUCGCCACGCUCGGCGCCUCAAGGGGCUCGAGGCCGCCCGGGCCCGGCGGGGGGGGGACCCUGGGGAGCCCCCGGAGCCCCCCCCGGCCGGGGACCCCCCCGAGCGCUCAGGGACCCCCCCGAGCGCUCAGGGGGGGGUCCCAGAGCCGGGGGGGGCCCGGGGGGGUCCCGGGGGGGCCGAGGAGGAGGAGGAGGAGCGAGCCAAGGCCAAGCGGCUCCUGUACUGCGCCCUCUGCAAGGUGGCCGUGAACUCGCUCAGCCAGCUGGAGGCGCACAACAAAGGUACGAAGCACAAGACCCUGGUCGAGGCUCGCUCGGGGCUCGGCCCCAUCCGGGCGUUCCCGCGGGGAGGGGGCGGCUCCGGGACCCCCCCGGCCGAGACCCCCGAGCGCUCCUUCCACUGCCAGAUCUGCAACGUGCGCCUCAACUCCGAGCUGCAGCUCAAGCAGCACAUUUCCAGCCGCAGGCACCGCGACGGGGUGGCCGGAAAACCCAACCCCCUCCUGGGGAGGCACAAAAAACCCCGGAGCCCCCCCGAGCUGGCGCUGCCGUUCCCGAAGGAUCUGCCCAAGGCCCUGGCGGGGGGGGGGCUCCUCCCGCCCCCCCUGGCCCUCGCUGCCGCCGCCGCCGCCGCCAUGGCCGCGCCCCCCCUGGCCCUGCGACCCCCGGGACCCCCCGGACCCCCCGGACCCCCCGGACCCCCCCUCCUGCCCGGGCCCCCCCUGGCCCCCGCCCUGCUCCGGCCAGCGCCCGGCCCGCUCCGGCCAGCGCACGCACCGCUGCUGUUCUCACCUUAUUGAGGGACAGAGGGGACAGAGGGGACAGUGACAGGGACAGAGGGGACAGCAGGGACAGGGACAGACACAGCGCCCGGCCCGCUCCGGCCAGCGCACGCCCCGCUGCUCUUCUCACCUUAUUGAGGGACAGGGACAGAGGGGACAAUGGGGACAGGGACAGGGACAGCAGGGACAGGGACAGGGACAGACAC